AUGUCGUCCACCGCAUYGACGCAGUCGACUUCGCAGCAGUCUCUCACUCGGACAACAUCUUCAUCGACAGACUCGCUGCCCAUCCUGCAUCUCACACCUCGCCGCUCAGCACCGCCGGCCCCGAGCUCCUCGCCGCGAACCCCAAAUGUCGCCCACUCCACACCCAACACAUCUUCUGGCUGGAAACAUCCACGUAUGGACGAAGUCAGCCGCCGGCGCAACGCGACCAACUUUGACACGCGCAACAUGCAAGCCGUCCUCGCCAGUUUCGCCGCCAUACUCGUCUCACUUUUCGUUCCUCACCUCCUCUCUGUAGCUCUCCCAUACCCCUGGCAGCAAUCCCUCGCGCCCUAUCCCAGCUACAUCCUCUGGGCCUUCCGCCUGCUUUGCCUCUCCAACGCGCUCUUCGCCUGCAAACCGCUCUUUCUCACUCCCGAUGCGUGUGAGGAUGUUCCUCUUACUCCACAUCAACGGCAGCUGCUAGGGCUUCCGCCCAUGACCCGCUCAGCGACACCACAAGAGAAGGAGCAGUACGUCACCCCACCGCGCUUUUCUCGCUCGGCGACUCCCCAGAGCACAAGCAGUAGUUUGCGCGUGGGAGGUGGAGACAGUCCUUUGAGCGGGCGAGGCACUCCAGUAGACGGUAAUGGAUCUUUCAGAAUGAGUGGAGGAUCACCCUUUGGAAAUUCGAUGAUGCAGGGAAACACAUCACCUUAUGGUGUGCAAGGCAGUGAACCGCGAAGGAGAUUGAGCUAUACCAGCAACCGCAGCUCACCACUUACGGUCAGCGAGUUUGAGGCGAUGGGCAACCCUGUCGGUUCGCCUAGUGGAGGGAGGAAGGAGCAUCGUGCGAGUGUGGGAUUGAACAACAAGUGGUUGUAUGAGAAGGGUAGGAGAGGGAGUGGUGGAGCGGGGAGGAUGGGUGUUCCACAGACGCCUGGUGGUGGAAGGAUGCCGACGUUCGCAGGCUUGUAUUGA